CGCCGGACGUCCUUCCAGGUUUAACAGCUACCUUGAUACCAGCGGGAGAAAGCUACUUGCAAGCAGAUACACAAAGAGAGAGUGGAAGGAUCUGCAGCUAUGGGAAUCAAACUGUACUACACCACUGUUACUGCCUCGAGGACGGUGAAGUCUCAACAGGCAGAAGUGAUACGAAUCCUUGAAAGCAAAAGCAUCCAGUACGAGCUCAUCGACAUCUCUGUGGGCGGGGAGCUCCGUGAUGAAAUGAGAAGCAAAGUGGGGGACCCGACGGCAGUCCCUCCCCAGCUUUUCAACGAACACCAGUACUGUGGGAACUAUGAAAUGUUUUCCGAGGCAGUGGAAGCGGAUACAGUGGAACAGUUUCUGAAACUGGCGUGAGGAUGACGGAGUACCUUAACCCCAUUUCCCCACCCGCCCUGUGUCCUAUCAGAGUCCUGUUGUCCAGUCUCUCUGUCUCUCUCUUUCUCACUCUGCACCACUAGCAGUGACCACCCACUUUCAAUGCCAUAAUGAAAAAUGCCAAAUAUCAUGAAUACUACUAAUCAGCAAAGACACAUUCCCUGUAAUGCACCAAAUCACUCUUACUCUCUUUUUAUGUCCUUUUUUUCUCUCCAUUUGAUUCCUCUCAGAUCUUAUUUUAUCCAUCUGACAGGCUAGUGUUAGUGCUCCUGGUCCAUUAGGAAUCAAUGGGCUGUCUGAAUAUGCGGUAAUUAGGUCGACUAAUCUUGGCUGUGGCCAACUGAUCGCCGGAGAUUAAACUAAUCCACUGGAUGACAACAUUUAACCCAGAAUCUUCCUGAUGUGGCAGGCAGACCAAGCACACCAUCAUCCAUCAGUCUUAAGUACUUUUUGGCAUCUUAUUCUGUAGCCUUCAGGUUCCCAUGUUGCACAUUACAGCACACUGUUUGCACUUCAUGUGGAUGCAAAUGUACAGCUAAGUAGCAAGGACUGUGAAGUCCCUCAAUCCAAUUAAUUCAGAAUUAGAUCAGCUAAAAGACAGAUUUUAGGUGAAGCUGGUUUUUGAGAAUUUUGGUCCAUUGGUCUCCUUAUGUAGGAUGGGAGCUGACCUACUUAAAGGAAUGGUGCCACCAGAAAUCAAGUGUGUGUUCUUCACAAUAUUACAAAUAAAAGCUAAAAAUAAUUAGCUUGUGUGCGGUGCGUUAAAGCUACCGUCAAGUUUUUCUGUACCCAAAAAUACAUCGUUCUGUAAGUCUAAUGCAACGACUUAUACAAAGACAACUAUUGAUAACAUUUUAAAUGGUCCAUUGUUUACAUACAUGUUUGCUAACUUGUAGGCUUGUUUUUUGUCUGUCUGCACAUGGCACUCUACUGCCACUAAUGUCUGUUGGCAGGAUUGUGUAUGACAGUGUCCAUCAGCACAGUGCAAACCAAAGGCAGUAGAAUUGGUGGACAUAGCUGCUGUGGUUUGUGAAAGUCUCUUAUGAAGCCUCGAGAUGAGUGAGCUCAUGGCUUUACUGCAGUAUUAUUCCACAGAAUUACAUUUUACUUCCCUAAACCAAGAAAAAUAAAACACUGUGGGACGCCAUCAAAGUAAACCUGCACGCUGAAUUAAAAAAGCAAUGUCUUUGGAUUCUGGGCAAAAAACAAUUAAAAAAAAAAAGGUUGAUAUCUUAACUGAACACCAAAGUAUUACAUAUAUAGUUAUAAUUUAUCUCCAAUGGGCCAAACUUACUAAAAACUGGUUUACGCCUUUAAAAAAAAGUCAGUGGUCAUACAUUUCAAUAAGCAGCUGCUUACGUUUUGCAUCCAAUAGAGUGGGAUGAACAGAUUUCUUUAUGUUGCAUUUGGUGCCAAUUUAUAUCUGUAAUACAUUUUAGCUGGUGGAUGCUCAC